UGUGUUGCCGUCGAUGACGCUAAUGGCGUUUUCGUGAAUGGAAAAUUCUGCAAAGACCCAAAAUACGUGAAAGCUGAAGACUUUUUUACUUCUGGACUAAACAUUGCCGGAAACACUAUAAACCGCGUUGGCUCCAACGUUACAAACGCUAACGUUGACAAAAUCCCUGGACUCAACACACUCGGUGUGUCUCUUGUCCGAAUUGACUUUGCCCCGGGAGGUCAAAACCCACCACACACGCACCCACGAGCCACCGAGAUCCUCGUGGUUGUCGAAGGAACGCUCUUAGUCGGGUUUGUGACAUCGAACCAAGACAACAACAGAUUGUUCUCAAAGGUUCUUUACCCGGGAGACGUAUUUGUGUUUCCCAUAGGAAUGAUACAUUUUCAAGUGAACGUUGGGAGGACGAACGCAGUUGCGUUUGCUGGUCUUGGUAGCCAAAAUCCAGGUACGAUAACAAUCGCAGACGCGGUUUUUGGAUCGAAGCCUUUGAUUACGCCGGAGAUUUUAGCUAAAGCGUUUCAGCUGGAUGUGAACGUGGUUAGAUAUCUCGAGGCAAGGUUUUCUUCCAAUUAUGAUCGUCAUUAUUAACAAGUUAAGAGAAUGACGGGAAAAUGUACCAAAACAUGAAGAAAAUAUUGUAUUAUAGUGUGUGAGAACUAAAAUAAAACAAUUAAGACUGUAAAAAAAGGAUGAAAAAAAAGAGAUGUGUCUUUUAUAGUUUGAUAUAUAAUAA